GUAACUUCAUCAUAGAAAUGAAUGCUUUUGUAAAACAAAGGCAGCAAGAGAUUUCCCGUCAGCUGAUUCCAACAGUACAAGCCUGCAUGAAACCAGCUUAUGCAGCUUGUGCAGAGAUAAAAGGUCAAUGCUGUUUACGGAGAAUAACACAACGUAUGUGUAAAUUCAUUCACAGUACAAAAGAGCGGAUGUUUAGCUUAGUUGAAGACAGGCUAAAAAAAGAAUUAAAACUUCUCCAGAAUGAGAUACAUAAUCGCCUUGAGUUAAAGAUGAAGGAUCUGCACAAAUCACUGACUGUUCAGUUUGAGCCUCUGUUGAAGUUUCUGAAGAAAAACAAUGUGACUAUUCAUGAACUGGCACAUAUUUACAGACAAGUUAGUGAAAUAUGUCAAAAUUCUAAUAUUGAAUUCAAACUUAAUGAUCUAAAUGAAGAAGAUGAGGAAUGUUUACCUUCUACAUCAGAGACUGAAAAAAGUAACACUUGCACACAAGAACUACAUUUUUCUGAUGGAGUGUCUGGCACAGAUAAUGUGGAUGGUAAUCUCUUUACGAAGAUCUACCACAUCAAUGCACCUUGUACAAAAGAACUACAUUUUUAUGAUGGAAGCUGUGGCAUGGAUAAUGAGGAUGGUAAUACCUUUACGAAGAUCUACCACAUCCAUACACAGACAUGCCAUAAAGAAAAAAACAUUGUUGCAGCCACACCAAAUUUGGAGUCAUCAGUCUCUUCCAUUCCUUGCAAAAACAAGUACUCAAAAUCUGUUGGUGUAACAAUAUAUCUGUCUGGCCAUAAGAGAGGACCAGAUUCCUUGCAAACUCCAGCAGUCCCCAGUAAAAUCAAAAUAACUUUACAUGGCCAACAACCAACUGAUCGGGAAACACAUAUAACCAUCUGCAGCUCAGAAGAUGAAGAAGAAGCUAAUUCCAGUGGAGGUCAGACCAGUAGUCAGACUGACAUGCAUCCAACUUCAGCAGCAGAAACGCCACCACAGAACAAGCCUGGAAGCAGUGACAUUCAGAAAACUAAAUCCAAACAAUGAUAAUAAGCAAUGAAAUGCAGAGCACGAAGUAUGAAGUAUUGUUUUCCUGCCAUUUAUGUACUAUUGUGUGAAAAUUAUAUUUUGCUAUUUAUUUGUCUCCAUGACAAAUACAGUUAUCAGUACAUCUACCUGAAAACCUUGUCAUUUUAAACGGUGCACCAGAAUAUCUACAACAGGACUUCAGACCUUAAUAAUAUAAUUUGAAGUGAAAGUACAACUUCUGGUUUCUGUACUCUUUGUAUAGUUAAACAGUGCAGAAUUUUUGUCAUUUGGACUUGAAUUCACUUGUUUGUUUUUAGUGCAGGUCUGUGCAGUAGAUUAGGUUUUAUGUUGGAUGUCACUCACAGAAUUUAGUGUUAGUGUGUAUAACUUUCUAUUACAUGAAAGUUAAUGUUGUUGUUGGAGACAGAUUAAAUAUGCUAUGAUGGAGAAUUUUCACUUGGCUGUUAAAAGUACAGUUAAUGGUCAACCUCACUAAACAUAGAAUUUGACAUUUGUUACAUUACUUUGGAGUUCUGAGUUGUAGAUUAUGAUUUAUGCUCUCCUGACAAAGUAAAUUAUAUAUAACCAUAAACCCAAUUGUUCGCAUUAUCAUGCUAUUAUUAACAUUUAAAUGAACAUUUUGGAAUUUCAGAUUUCUGAAAUGUGAGCUAUGGUUUGAAUAGUAAAACAAUUGUGAUUUUCAAGUGUUUAAUAUUUAGCUGCAAGAGUUCUAGUAUUCUUAGUGAGGAUAUUUACAGUUGUGAGGGAUAUCUUAUUUCUUGAGGUUCCUGCUGAUGACUGUAACUUGACAGUUGUAUCCAUAUUUUUGUAGUUUGGCAGCUGUAAUUCCCCAAACUCUACUCUAAAUGACAUAAGUAAUUCUUAUGUUUUGCAGUGAAAUUGUAGUGCAUGGGGUACCAUGAUUACUCUCCAAAACUGGGAAAAAGAUAAACUUGUUAGGUAUGUCCCUAGUGAGAGACCUGACCUUAAGAGCUGUGGACUAAUAAUAGACAAUGCUGGAUAGCCAGCAAAGAAUGGUGACAGAAGGUAAACAGCUUUUAAAAGCUGUUAUAUGUUCACUCUGCUAACAAUUAUAAACAGAAAGUGUGACAGAAGAGACUGUGUAAGAGUUUUUAAAGCCUUUAGUUCUACAUAAGGGCAAUGCCUGCUUUCUCUUUGACAGAGUGAAGUGUAAUAUCAGCUUUCAAAGGAUUUUAAAGCUGGUAAAAUACUUUGAACUCCUACACUUUUUAUGUAGCUGUUAGUACCACACUACAAAAAUGUAUGAUUAGUCACAAGUUAUAACACUUUGCUAUAUGUUCUUUCUUGACAUGGCUGUCAAGAUUCACCUCUCAAGCUUUGUUCUUGGGGUGACUUUCUUGGUAUUCAUGUUUCAAUCACAUAAUAUAGAGAAUAAUGACUGGGUUGCCAAUCAUAACUGGUACAUUAUGUCUUUGAGACAUGGAUCCCAAGAAAUUUGCCUCAAGAGUGAAGCUUGAGAGAUGAAUCUUAGCAUCCAUGUUGGGAAUAUAUAAUUCAAGGUUAUGAUCAGAGACCUGAUCAUACUUCUUUGUAGUGCAUGGAGCUUUAUCUGCUCCAUGUACUACUAGUUAUAGGGGGAGAAAAUGCUGAGUUUUUUGCCGGCUUUCAAAGCCACAGAACACUUAGCCAUCACUGUCAGGCAGUAUAACACAGUCCAUUAUGUUUAUGCUCACCUUUCAAGUAUCUAGAUUUUCACAAAAUGUCCAGAUUAUUGUUUCAUACUUUUUGUCUGUUUCUUAUAAAUUCUGUGGUUUUCAGACAAACAACUGUGGAUCAAAGUCACUAAAUAAUGGCAUACAUUUGAGUGCCAGAGUUGGAACCCUUCAGAAAAUGCAGGUGAACAUACCCUGUUAUUCUAGCUAAGUUCUAAGAUCAGUAGAGGAGGGGGCACUUUAUUUUAAGAGACAGCAGGCAGAAACAAAUCUCUGUUCUGCCUCUGUCACUUGCUGGUCAAUACUGGCAGAUUUUAUUGCCUAGCACUAGACCUGACCUUAACAACUUAAGCAGGAUGUGUUUAACAAAUGAUAAGAUACAGUCCUGCACUAUUCUGAAACUUAACUGGUUUGUCCUUUUUUGAAUAUUGGAGCAUAGUCACCACACUCCACGUACUAAAGGCUGGUUAUGAUCACAGACCUGGUCAUAAUCCUCUGUUUAGUGCAAGAAAAUCAAAUCAUGUUUUUUUUUUCUUACAUUGUAAAUCAUUAGUGUUUUGAUUUAAGUAAAUUUACUUUGUUACAUUGUCACUUGCAGUAGAAUAAACAAUUUACAAACAUUUGAAAGGGUGCUUCUGAGCAGGAUGUAGUCAUCAAAAGUUGUCAUAAGCUUUUCUGUAGGUUCCAUUUUAUGUAAUCAUUUGUAUAAAAAGGUCACACAGAUAACCGACUGGUUAAAAAACACAACAAGAAAAAUCUAACAAAGCUAGACUUCUAAAUGUGUGAUUCAAGAGGUUUAAGGUAUUACACAGAAGUCUAACUUUGCUAGAUUUCUCUUUUUGUAUAUAAUCAUUUUUGGGAAUUUGAGCUAUUGUUUCUAUCACUUGUCUCUGCAGUCCUUACGUUUGGUUUACAGGUUGUGCCUUUAGCUAGUCAGGUGGUUUCACUCUCUUCUAGGCAGUUGAUAAAACUCCCUCCUCCAGUCAGUUGCUGGCUAGAAGGGGGUGUCAUUCAUGAGUUCUGGAGCUGAGCUUGACAGCCAGGCUGAAGGUGGGACUUUAAAGUUAGACUUUCAAGCUAAGAGCAUAGAUAAAUGCUUAAGGUGGUCUUUUGUGAAUAAAAUGAAAUUAAAUUUGAAAGAUGGAAUAAUGGAGUAUUUAGAUAAUAUGCAUGACUUUAGAAGGGUUAGGUUAAGCAACUAUUUUUGAUA